AUGCCAAUAGAUGCAAAUAGUUAUGAUUACUCCAAAGAUAAGUUACCAUUCAACUGUCGAUUCGUUAUAAUUACUCCAAAGAUAGUUGCUACUCGUUGUGACUUCUUCAACCCUUCUUGCUUGGGAAAACAAAUGGGUUCACUUCCUCGUUCUUCCUCUUCCGGCUUCCGGAUUCAAAUACAAGAUGUCACAACGAGUAGGGGAAUUAGGGCAUUUAUGGAAUCUCACUUGCAAGCAUUUAAAGAAAACAACCCUCAACUAGAGGUGGUUACUGAGCUUAACCGUGGUCAACACCCAUUUCUAAAGGGAUCUUAUAGUACGACUUUCUCUCAUUUUUAUAAAAAGUACACCCUGUUUACAAAUAUAUAAAAACCAAUUGACACACAAUUGAAUAAUUAAAUAGCAUAAAUAGGGUGUACUUCUGCAUCAGAUAAAUCCCAAUUCCUGCACGACCCACAGCUUGAGCUUACUUUUGACUUCCGCCUAUGUCUCCGUUGUUUCUUCGAUUUCAACACAUAAUAAGUCAUCCCACCAAGAACCACCGCCAUCGUCACCGUCCCAACCACCGUCACAAAAACCGCCGCCCAUCUAUGGUGUCUCCCCACCACUAUAUACGACGACGAAAUAAACGCCACCGUCGUACAAACCGACGCCAACCACAUCAACUUAUUAAUCACCUCAACCACCCGUCUCUCCGACUUAAUCUCCCCCCUCACCACCGUAAUCUGCACCACCACCACCGCCAGCGACGUAAACAAAGCAAUAGCAUUGAAAAUAAAAAACACCUUGAAAGACGAGCUGUGUACCAUCACCGCCGUCCCAUCAUCCGCAUCGCCACCGGGGACUGUAAAAAUGGCGGCGAAUGCCACCGUCGCGAACAGAACCGCCACUACAGUGACGGAGUUUGUGGCGUUGUUGAUUCCUUCACGGUGGAGUUUCCGAAGCUCUUUGGCUAUCCCGCUCAUGUUCCGGUUAGUUUUCCGGGCUUGUUCGAGCUGAUUGUGGACGUUGUUUCUGAUUUCUGUGACGGUUUGCCGGAGUUCAUCCCGUGGCUGGUUUAAAUCGUUGGCUUUAACAGCUCCGUAACGGGAUAACGUUUCGAUAAUUUCCGAGGUUUCUUCUGAAAAAUGGAGAUCGCUUACGAUGUCGAGAGCUGUUUUGUGAUCUCGCGUUAAGGCGUUCACGUUUGUGUCACGUAGAAGUAAUAGCUCAUUAACUAUCUGUAGUUAAUCAAACCACAUAAAACUAAAUGAUCAUCUUAUCCUUACAUCAAAUUUCGUAAGCUAUGCACAUAAAAUGUUACGUACAUAAAGACCUUAUAUUCAUCAAAUUAAAGGAAAUAGAGAAGGAAAAAGGACAAAUCCACGUUACAUUCUAAAAUAUAAAAGGGACAAGUUUUUUCAAAGUUGAUUAAUUAGUUAAUACCUCGACUCGUUUCUUUCGUGUGGCUACAUGCAAAGCUGUGUUACUGAACUUAUCCGGAAGCAUGACAAUGGUUGGAUCAGCCUGAAGAAGCAAUUUCACGACUUCACAACUAACUCCUUUCACAGCCAUAUGCAAAGCAGUUUGACCUUUCUUAUCUGUUCUUCUUGCAAGAUGUGGAUCUUUAGCAAGCAAAGCACUCACUAUCUCCACGUGUCCUUGUCGUGCAGCUAAAUGUAAUGCAUUUUUUCCAUUUGAUCUCGUGACAUUCACCAAGCUACAGUCUCUCGAUAACAACUCAUUGACUAUGGAUAAAUGGCCUCUUACAGCUGCACUUGUAAGAGGGGUUGAAUUCGAGUGGCCCACUGUUUUGCUUAGAUCCGGAUCGUGGUCCAAAAGGAUCCGAACAAUCUCUGCAUAUUAAUUCACUUUGAUACCAUGUUAGAUAUAUACUUGGAUUGAUAUACAAAUUAGGCGUUUAACCUAUUAUUACCUUGGUGACCCUCUCUAGAGGCAAUGUGCAAAGGAUCAAAACCGGAUCUAUUCUUCAAAGAAAGUCCUUCUUUAGUUGUGUAAGGCAAAAGCUCCUUCACGACUUCAACAAACCCUCUUUCUGCAGCUGUAAAUAAAGCUGUUUCUCCAAGCUCAUUCACCUCAUUCACAACCGAAGCUCUGAUCUCAGCCACCUCAGCAUCAAACUCUGCACCUGUUGUAGUCCUCAACAUUUGCUCAUUAAUUUCAUCAAGAAUCUCUUUCACUGCCAUAACGUCGCCACGUUUUGCAGCUAAGUGAAGCUCAGUGUCGUUGUGUUUUCCUGUCACUUGUUUCACAUACUUCUUCUUCCCACUCUGACUCGUUAAUGACUUCCCUGAAAGUGAUUUUCCUGAACUGGAAAACCCCCAUGUGUUUGUGGAGCUAGAGUAUGCUAGUGACUUGCUUGAACCAGAUCCGUACAUUGGAGUACCCAUUUUACCAAUAUUUGAUGAUGAAUAUGAUAACUUACCGGAAUUGGAUACCACUAAUGCAGGUGUUCUAGGAGAAGGAGGAGGGAACGAAGGGGAAGGAGAGGGAGACCUUUGAAGAAAUGGAUUUGUACAUGUGCCUGAAUCUGAACCCAUUUCUAGAUCCAUUUCAUCUCCUUCUAAGCAUCAUAAAACAAUAUAUUUCAGUAAUUGAAUAUACAAUCGACAUUGAUUAAUUCUAUAAUAAGUUCCAUAAUAUAUAGCAAUUAGACUUUCGAUAGUUUCAAUUUAAUACCGAUCUAUAUGGUCUUCAGGUGAUACCAAACCAGAACUAAUUCAGAUCUCGAAGAAUAUAUAAUAACACGUUUAUGUGAGUGCAUGUGUGUUAGUGUAUAUGAAACGAAAUUGGAGAAAUCAGGAUUACCUUCGAAGACGGUAUUCAUCUUUGGUUAAAUUUUAUAGGUGUGGAGGAUAGUAGGUGAGAUUAGGGUUUAUAGGAAUGAAAGAGCUACCGGAGACGGGAAGAAUGCGGUGGUUUUCCGGUGAUCAAUGGCGCUACUGUAUUUCCACAUCGAUUUAGUUUUGCAUUUACGAUCCGCUUAAGACUCCGUCAUGUAUUUAAAGGUUUCGCAACGAGGUUCAUAAAAUAGGUUAUAUUCAGCCCUUAGACUUUUAGAUAAUUACCAUGUCAUCCUUAUCAAUGAGUAUGUAUGCCGUGGUAAUUGGUGUUGACACACGUUUGGUGAAACCAAAUUAGAUAUCAUCAAAAUCUGUCAUGAAUUUGUUGUAAAUCUGUCACAAAGUCCUAAUAAAGUGUAAAUCUGUCGUGAACCUUUUUAGAGACUGAUUAUGACGGAAAUUGUUGUCAAAUAUAAGUUUUUUCUAAUAGUAAAGCCUUAUCAAAUUAUACUACCCCUGAUAUUUCUUCAGCGUCUGCCACAGUAAACAGUAGUGAUAUGGACUAGAUCUAGUAGUUAACAACAACUUUAUGAAUUAUUGAAAGCAUGAAAAAUACAAGAAAGUAAACGAACUUCAAUCAUACAUACAAUAUGUGAGGAACAUUGGCUUGAACGUUCACUUAAGUUUUACUUCGCUUCUUGAAAUAAACAAUAUUUUCAGCAGCGAUAUUUUGCCAAAAUGAAUAUUUUUCAUAAUUAGUGGUAACAAAUUAACCAUCAUUUUAACAAAAUGCCAAAAUAUGACCACUUGCUAUGAAACUUGGCCAAUUCCAGCCUACAUGAUUAGUUUUGAACUCCAUUAGCGUGACCACCUAUUUAAAGUUGUAACAUUUUCAUAAACCGCACUUAAUUUCGUAACUCAUAUAAAUAAUUUCGAAAUCUAACAAAAUGUUCGGAUGUUGUUUGUACUUGUUAUUUUUUGAUGUUUUGUUUGUAUGUUGUUUGAGUUCAAGUGACCAUCAAACCAAUAGGAAUAACACCCAAACAAUGAUAAAUUGCAAGGUGUCUGUGUUUUGCAAUUGGUGAUAUCGAGUACAUAAUUAAGAAGGGAUGAUGAAAGUAUCAUAUUGUGUAUUCAUGAUAAAAAAGCAUCACUCUAUUGUCCACUUCAAUAGCUUUCAAGAGUCUCUUUCAUAUAUUGUUUCAGAGUCUCCGUUCCUUUCGGUGGGCUUUCUUUCUUUUGCUUCCGUAUGCUUCUAUGUAAGAUGCUAGCACUUAUCCAUCAUCCAUUCAAAGGAAAGCCCUCAAAAUAGAGCAUCAAUCGAUGAUUGAAGAUGGCUAAUGAGGUCUUCACUCCUUGUAUACUUUGUUGGAUGUCCUAAAAAAGGGAGAUGAGUUGAAUGGUUGUGUCAUUCUGUUCAAACAUUGAGUAAUUGACAUCUAGUUCUUGGUUUGACACCAUUUCGGAUGGAAUGUAUUAAAGACUAAUCUUUCGAUAUGAGUUGUUGUCGACAGAUAACAGAUCAUUCAUAGUUUUUCUUUAAUAUAACGAAUAGAUGGUAAGGAAAAAAUAUUGUUUUUUUAUAACUUAAUUUUGUUAAUAAAUAAAUUUAUAAGUUAAUUUCAAUCAGUAGCCUAUGUGAUUAAUCAAACCUUC